AGACUAUGAAUACGUGCGGUCACUGUGAUCGCAAAAUAGAGCAUGAACCUGCGCUUUUUGCUAGAGGAAGGCUAUGGCACGUAAAUCAUCUCCUAUGCAAUAUGUGUGGUUGCCGUAUUCAAGAAGAGGAAAAGUUUGAAGACAAGGAAGGCGUCAUCGCAUGUCGUCACUGUUACCUAUACGGAAACAAUCCUAGAUGUUCGGGCUGUUACGAUGGCAUUGAUGUCAAGUAUGUAGAAGCGAUGGGGGAGUUAUGGCACAAAACAUGCUUCCAGUGUAGUAUCUGUUUGCAGCCGUUAACUCGUAAUUUUGUGGAAAACGAGAGGGGUCUGCCAAUGCACAGACAUUGUUUCUGGAAGGAAUUGUUGUACAAAGAAGUCGUUUUGAACUCAAAAACUACGAGAUAGCUAGCAGACAACCAUUCACAAGGGUGCCAUAAAUAGAAUAUGCUUCGCCAAGUAUUUUCAAGAAGUUUAAAAAUAAGAUCCGAUCUAAAUAAAAAUCUAGAUGA